CUUUCUAGUAAAGAUAGACAAGUAAUUUGCAUCUAAGAAAAGGAAGGAAAGAGAGACUCGUAGUACUUUUUGGCAGCAUUUCAAUUUCAUUGAAAAAAAGAGAAGAAAAACCAAAAAUUGAUUAAACACACACUCGAAUCUUUAGUUGUUUCUUCGAUCAAAUACACACUGAACACCCAAAUCCUUUAUCAGUUACCCCUUUCUACAUCUGCAAAAUCCCAAACCCUAGCAAUUUCCUUCUCUCUCUGUGCAAUCUCCACUCUUCCAAUCUCAAUCUGCUUUAUCUGUUUUCUCUCCUGUAUUGAUAGUCUCUGUGCAUACCGAAUUUGUGCAAGUUCUUGUUGGUCUUAGAUAACGACGAUGACCGACGAAAAUCUCCUCGACGAUCUCCUCCUCCUCCUCUCUCCCAAGUCAACCGAUGAACGCCUCUCCUCCUUCAAAGAUCGAGGAGGAAUAGGUGAGGGCAAGGCUCUGUUGAGUUUGCCUGAUGACUCAAAAGAUCAAGUGGCUGCAGACAACACUAUACCUCUUUCUCCACAAUGGCUUUAUGCUAAACCGGUGGAUGCUAAGUCGUUGACUACUGGGGCAUCAGGGGAAACACGUGCUUCAAAUUCUUUGUCCCAUGGAAACUCCAUUGAUAACAAUUUGAAAGACAAUUGGCGUUUAGAUGGAUCCCAAGACAAGAAAGAUCGGAGGAGGAUUGCUCCUGAUGUUGAAAGCAGCCGCCGUUGGCGUGAGGAGGAGAGGGAUACAGGUUUGCUUGGUAGAAAAGAUCGCAGAAAAGAAGACAAUCGUGCUGAUUCUGUUUCAGCUAGAGAUAUAUCUGAGACUAGAACUUUGUCUUCUUCAGAUCGUUGGCAUGAUGGCAAUAGCCGCAAUUCUGCGCAUGAAUCCCGAAGAGACAGCAAGUGGUCAUCUAGGUGGGGUCCUGAAGAUAAAGAGAAGGAUUCUCGAACAGAUAAGAGGGCAGAUGUUGAGAAGGAUGAUGCUCACAGUGACAAACAAAAUUUUGGUACUGCUAGCCACCCGAAUUCUGAGCCAAAUUCUGAGCGUGAGAACGAUUCUCGUGAUAAGUGGAGGCCACCUUCUGAGCGCGAGAACGAUUCUCGUGAUAAGUGGAGGCCUCGCCAUCGUAAGGAUAUUCAUUCUAGUGGACCUGCUGCAUACAGGAGUGCACCUGGAUUUGGGUUAGAUAGAGGACGUCUGGAGAGCCCGAAUGUGCGGUUUGCUGCUGGAAGAGGAAGGUCCAACAAUAGUGGGAACUUACAAAUUGGCAGGCAUCUUACUGCUUCUUCUAUUGGGUCUAUUCCUCUGGAUAAGAAUCAUGCAUUCUGCUAUCCAAGGGGAAAACUUCUUGACAUUUACCGUAAGCACAAGACUCUUCCAAGUUUUGAUACCAUACCAGAAGGGAUCGAGCUUGUGUCUCCACUAACACAGGAGAUUUCUAUUAAGCCAUUGGCUUUUGUUGCACCUGAUGCAGAGGAAGAGGCUGUCCUUGGAGAUAUAUGGCAGGGAAAAAUUACAAGCAGUGGAGCACUGAACAACUCAUUUAGAGAAAAGAAUGAUUCAUCAAGUAAUACCACUGCAGGCUUUGGUGAGGGGGCUUUAAGUGAGGGGAAUGAGAGUUUCUCUGUUAAGACUGAAGAAAUUGCACACUCUUUUGGAAAAAUUACUGGUAAUGCUUCUGGUCAAGGUACUGUCGCUGAGACAUUAGAAACAUCAAUGGCUGAGGAAAAGGAUGUGCAUAAAGAUGAUAAACAGAAGCUCACAACAACAAUUGCCAGAGCAUUGAUGGAUGGCUUUGCACCUGCAGAUUUCAAGAAUGAUGAUCCCAGCAGUUUUGGGGAGAGUGGUCUGAGUGACAACAUUAUGGAGUUAAAAGCUUUUGAAAGGCAGCCAGUGGAAGAUGUGGAUUUUCAGAAUAACCUUAAGUUGGAGGAUAUUGAGCCAGCUACUUCUUUUGAGAUGGAUAACCAGCUUCCUGAUGAUUCAAGUUCUCUAUUUGAUUUUUCUUCUGCACAGAAAAAUCCAACCAGCCAUCAGUUUUCCUUGAAUAGAAAUAGUGAGGUACAUCAAUUUGGGGGUGCUAUCACACCUGAGGAACUAUCAUUGUGCUAUCUUGAUCCUCAAGGGGCAAUUCAGGGACCAUACCUUGGUAUUGAUAUUAUUGCAUGGUUUGAGCAAGGAUAUUUUGGAACUGACCUACCAGUUCGUUUGUCAGAUGCUCCCGAUGGAUCACCCUUCCAUGAGCUUGGUGAUAUUAUGCCUCACCUAAAACUUAAACCUGGGUGUGCUUCAAGUACUAGUCCAUCUGCUAAGUUACAGCUAUCUGAUGCUGUUGGAGAAAGCUUGGAAGGGAGCACAGUGACUCUUGCUUCCGUUGAAUUUAAGGCUUCUGCUGUCAGGGAAGACCAACAGAGGGCUUCAUCUGGAUUUGAGGCCAUCUCCAAUGUUAGUGGUCAGUCAAGAGUUCCUGAUCAUAGUUUUCUCGGUGGGAUGGAGUAUUCUGAUGAUCGAAGAUUUCAAAAUGUUGUUACUCCGGAUGAAGAAAUUAUCUUUCCUGGAAGGCCUGGAAGUAGUGGCAACCCUUUGAUGAGAGAUGUUGCAGACUUUCAGCGAUUUGCUCCUAAUCCUUCUACCAACCCUGCCAUCUUAAAUGAAUUUUCAGACACUGGCAUGCAUACUCAUCAGGAUGAAAUAGUUCAUCCAUUUGGCUUGUCGAUGUCUGAGCUUAGAAGCAACUCUAAUCUGAGGCGUGCUCAAUCAUCCAACAUGGCUUCAAGCAUGGGUGAUGAAUUUCCAGCACAGGUUCAUGCUAUGGACCCUUAUACAGAGCAUGAUGCUGCUCUUUCCAGUCACAGGUCCUUUGAUGCAGUUUUUGAUCAAUCCCAUUAUGCAGAGACAUGGCCUGAAGAUUAUAGGAAAAAGCCACUCACUAAUCCCCACAUUGAUCUAGGUUCCGCAGACGCUCGACACUUAUUUCACAGGCAGCCAGAGUUCAAUGAUUUUGACCAGCAGCAUCUCAUGUUGCAGAAGAUGCAAAAAGAAUGUCAACAACAGAAUCAUUUAUCUCAUCCGUUCUCACAUACUAUGGAACUGGGUUUUGAGCAAAUCCCUUCUAAUCUUAUUGAACUGCAAUUUCAACGUCAGCAGCAGCUGGAGCUUCAACAGCGGCAACAGCAGCUGGAGCUUCAACAGCGGCAGCAGUUGGAGCUUCAACAGCGGCAACAGCAGCUGGAGCUUCAACAGCGGCAGCAGUUGGAGCUUCAACAGCGGCGGCAGCUUGAGCUUCAACAGCGGCGGCAGGUGGAACUUCAGCGGCGGCAAUUGGAGCAUCAGCAACAGCAGCGACAGUUUGAGCUUCAGCAACAGCAUCAUUUACUGCACCAACAGCAACAACAGCUUCGUCAGUACCAAAUGAAACUGCAGCAGCAGCAGGUUCUGGAACAGUUGCUGCAGCAUCAGAUGCCUGAUCUUGGAUAUAGUCAGGGAAAGGGAGAUCCAUUGAGAGAAAACUUGCUUGAGCAGAUUCAAUUUAGGACACGACUGGCAGCCGAACUGCAGCAGAAUUCACAUAAUCCAAGGCACCUCGAUCUAUCACUGGAGCAGAUAAUUCGAGCUAAGAUUGGCCAGAAUAAUCUUCAAGAACCCCAGACUGAUAUCUUGGACCACUUAUCACAGGUGAAGCAUGGUAAUAUACUCCCUUCAGACCUGCAGUUCCAUCUUCAGCAAGAACAGAUGCAGGCGCAAGAGUUAUCUUUGCCAAGGCAACAGUUAGGAAUGGAUGGUGAAAGCCAAGUUGGUUGGCCAUGGUCCAUUGAUGAAGCUGGUCAGACCUUCAGAAAUACUACUGGUCAUCACCAGUCUAAGUCUACAGGAUUUAACGCUUCAGAUUUUUUCCUGCAACAGCAGAGGCUUUCCUCACAUGAUGAACAUUUAAGCCAUAACAAAUGGAAUCAUGCUUUACAGGAGCCACAUCAGGGUGGGUUUUAUGAGCCUAGCUCUAUGGCAUUUGACCAUCCAACAUCUCUCCCUGCUGUCACUCCUGGGAUGAAGUUGGAUAAUGUAAAUGGUCAUUCCCAAGGUCCAGAUUCAGCAGAGCAUCUAUAUAUGCAUUCUACUGAUCAACUGGGUUCCUUCUUGUCCAAUGUCUCUUCUCAUCAUCGGCAAGUAUUUGGUGAUAUUUAUGGUUCUCGCGCUGAAAUGAUGGAGAGCCACCUCCCUGGAAAACAAGGGCAGCAAGAGAAUAGUUGGGUUGAAGGAGGGAUGCAACAGUUGCAUCUUGAAGCUGAAAGAAAAAGGAAUGUUUCAGAAGUUGCUGGAAACUCUAGUUUUUGGACCUCAGCAGGAGGAGAUGAGGAGAGCUCAAAGCAAGUUUUAAUGGAUCUUCACCAAAAAAUGGGUCUUCAGUCUAUUCGGUCACCAGAAGACGAUUAUCAGCACCUUAUAUCUUCCUCUAAAUCUCGGGAAUCCUUUUGGCCAAUCACCGAGUCGUUCUCUUUAAAUGAUAUUCCAGAUCAAGAGGCCACCAUGAAUGACACAUUUAUGGAAAAGCCUCAAAAUUUGAAAUCAAAUUCUCUGCUGCAGGAUAAUCAUGCUAUGUCCUUGAGUGGUCAAUUACACCAUCUAGGAAAUGGUGAAAGAUUGUCCCUAAGGUCGAAAUCUGGAGCACUAACUGAAGAACCAACAUUCUUGUCAGGCAUAGUAGAUACUUCUCAUACUAAUCAUGUGGAUAACAUGUUUGGUGAUAAAUCUGCCAUGGAUAAAGAAUUGGCAGAAUUGGAUAGCAGAUAUGGGUCCAAAGGCAUGAGUGCCAUGGCCAGGUCUGUUUCGCACAUUGAAGAGAGCUUUGUUGAACAAGCUGAAACUGCUAUGGAUUUUGCUAAUGCCAGUAGCAGGCAUAGUUCCCUGAGCAGUGCUGGUGGUAAUGGAGGCCUACAUGGGUAUGAGAUGAGAUUAGAUAAAUCGACUGGUGAAGAGGUCUCUAUUGACAGGAUGCCUGCUAUUUUAACUAGAGGCGUUGACAAUGCCUUGCAUAAACGCCCACCGGUGUCACAGGCCUUAUCUUCUAAGGAUGUCUUGUCAGACAUGGCAUCUGCUUCACAUAUCAAGCAAAAAAAUCGGGCAAGCCUUGCAACUUCGGAUGAAAGGAGGAACGAGCCUGUAGAGAAUGUAGCAGCAACGCUGGGAGGUGAUAAUCAGAUAUCUGGCAAGAAAGAAGGGCGUUUUAGGAGGACUUCAUCUUACAAUGAUGCUGGUAUAACAGAGACAUCAUUUAUGGAUGUGCUAAAAAAGCCAGUUUUUACUGAGGCUGAAGCAGCUAGUGCGGCUGCCUUGGAAUCAUCUGAUGGUUCAGUGGGUGGGCGAAGUGGGAAAAAGAAAGGGAAGAAAGGAAGGCAGAUUGAUCCUGCUCUCCUUGGCUUCAAAGUUUCUAGCAAUCGCAUUAUGAUGGGUGAGAUACUACAUCUUGAUGAGUAACUGAUACAUGCUGUGCCUGUCGUGUAAAUUUUUCUCUAUUUGUUUUGUAGAUGAGUAGAUUUUGUACAGAUUACUGAAGAAGCGCAUAGGAGUUUGAAAUUCUUUGAUUUUUUUUAUAUCCUGUUCGAAGUGGAGGAAUUGCCUGCCUUACAAGUUGCAUAGUGUAGAGGAAGUAUAUGCAUAGACUGAAAUAUUUUGUAGUCAUGAAUGCAAUAACAGAAAUAAUGAUUAGAGACAAGCAAUCGACUUCUCUUUCUUUUUA